CGCCCGAGCUCAGUGAUCUCACACACAGAGGAGCACAGAAGAGCGUCUGCAGUCAGCCAGAAGCUCCCCACCCUAGCCAGCCAGAGAGACAGAGGGGUGCAUUUUUGGGAUUAAAUCUAUCAGAGAGAGAGUAACAGCGUGACCAUGAGCCGGGGCUAUCAGGCCAAGGCUCAGGAGAACAACCUGAGCGCCCUCCUCAGCACCCAGGAGAGGGAGCAGCUGGGGAUUCUGCUGGGCCGCAGGUGUGUGGCGGUGGCUACUGCGGUGGUGCAGCUCUACAUGGCUCUGCCCAACAGCCCCACGCUCUGGAGUCUGCAGCACAUCGGCGUGGUCUGCUUCAUCAAGGACAACCCCCGCCGAUCCUACUUCAUCCGCGUCUUCGAUGUCAAGGAAGGGAGGCAGGUGUGGGAGCAGGAGAUGUAUAACCAGAUGAAGUACUGCAGUCCACGGCCAUACUUCCACACUUUCAGCGCAGAUGACUGCCAGGUGGGCCUGAACUUCACUAGUGAACAGGAAGCAGACGCCUUCAAAGACACAUUGGAGGAGAAGCUCUCCCAGAGGGCCAAUCGCCAAGAUAACAGAGGGCUGCCCCCACCACCUCCCCCAAAUGUACUCGCCCCAGGGAAUUCUGGGAGCCUCCGCACAGUGGACAUCCAGAACCCGGACAUCCAGGCGUCACGUUACCGUUCAACAUCUGUCCCAACACCGGCGCCCGCCUGCAUCACCAUUGGCAAAAAUGACAAGAAGAAGAAUAAUAAGAAGGGACGCCCCAAACUGACCAAGGCUGACAUCGGUGCCCCCAGUGACUUCAAGCACAUCACUCAUGUUGGGUGGGAUCCAAACACAGGAUUUGAUACCAACAACCUGGACCCCGACCUGAAGAAGCUCUUCUCCUCCGCUGGCAUCAGUGAGGAUCAGCUCACCGACGCCGAGACCUCCAAGCUCAUCUACGAUUUCAUCGAGAACUCAGGGGGGCUGGAGGCUGUCAAACAGGAAAUGAGAAAACAAGAUUCGACAGGCCCCCCACCCCGCCCUUCUGGGCCCCCGGCUCGGGGUCUACCCCCUGUCCCAGGACAGCCUCCCCGCAGCUCCGGCUCCCCUUCCCACCGUGGAACCCCUCCCCCCCCACCUCCUCCCGGCCAGCCUCGCUACGGGGGUGCCCCCCCUCCCCCACCGCCUCCACCGCCCCCUCCCCCACCCCCCAGUGCCCCUGGCCUGCCUCCACCCCUCGGGGGCGGCUCUGCCACUCUACCCGCUGCAGCCCAAAGCAAGGGUGGGCGGGGGGACCUACUGGACCAGAUCCGCUCGGGCACAAAGCUGAAAAACGUGACAGACAGCCCUGAGCCCCACUCUCCCGGACAGUCAGAGAGCAGCGAAGGCAUCGUGGGAGCGCUGAUGAUGGUCAUGCAGAAGAGGAGCAAAGCCAUCCACUCCUCAGAUGAGGGGGAGGAUGAAGAAGGUGAUGAUGAUGACGACGACGAAUGGGACAACUGAUAAAUCCGCCUUUAUUCUUCCACCUCUAACGCCAAGUCAUCCUGAAAUCUGCUGUACUUCAGUAGUGUGUGUGUGUCUGUGUCUGUGUCUGUAUGUGUGUGCGUGUGUGUCUGCAUGUGUGCGUGUGUGUCUGUGUCUGUAUGUGUGCGUGUAUGCCUGUGCGUAUGUAUGUGCAUGUGAGCAUAUACACUCACUGAGCACUUCAUUAGGUAUUUAUUACUUAUUUUUUAGAUUUAAGUCUCAUGCUGCACUCACAGGUUUGACACGUGUGUUCAGAGAUGCUCUUCUGCAUCCCAGUGUUGUAAUGUGUGGUGAUACUGUCACCUUCCUUCUGGCCAUUCCCCUCAGACCUCUCAUUAAAAAGGCAUUUCUACCUGCAGAACUAAUGCUCACUGGAUGUUUUUUUGCUUUUUGCAACAUUCUGAGACAUAAAAAUCCCAGGAGAUACUCAAACGAUCCUGUCUGUCACCAACUAUCAUUCCAUGGUCAAAAGUGACCCAUAUCUGCUGCCACACAAUUGGCUGAUUAGAUAAUAUCAUGAAUAAGUACUGGUACAGGUGUUCCUGAUAAAGUGCUCAGUGAGUGUAUAUGGAAGAUACUCCAAUCACAGAUCAGCAAUGUAUAUGAGCAGCCCAUCUGUAAUAAAUCAUAAAUCAUAAUAAAAUAGUAAUACUGACGGAA